AUUCUCCGCCCGGAAGUAACAUAUUCUACUUCCGCUGGAAAUUGGGUGACAGUUCUGUUUUACAGUCCCAAAUUUGGGCACUAAAAGGAUUGUUGUCAACAAGCAGAAUGACGUUAAUUUGUAGAAAUAAUAUAACUGAAUUGUGUGAGAAAUGGCGGACUGUCAAUUUGAGAUUGUCAUUCACUUAACGAAAUUUGUAACGUCUUGCGGUUGUCUCCCUUUAUUCUCACUUAGUCAAAAGUAGGCUCAGAAGAAGAUUGUAAGAGUGUUUGAAGAAUGGCUUUUAAUGAGAAAUAAACACUUGACUUUUGCUCUGCAUUAUGUAAAUAUGUAGUCUGUGUACUGAUGUAGUCAACACUUGUAACAUCAAAAUGUUAUAGGGUUUUUUUUCAUGUCUGUAAAUAUCUCAAAAAAAAUCUGCCAUCAAAAACUUAAGAAGUUAAACUAAAAAACAUCCUUAAAUGAAAUAAAUCAAUAUGGGAGAUCCUUCUUUGAGGAAGAGCUCUGCAUUAAAACGACUACGUAGUCAAUUAAAGAAAAAGCAAGAAUCUUUAGCAGACCACUUCGACUUUAAGAUGUAUGUUACAUUUCACUUCAAAGAAAAGAAAAAGAGUUGUGCAGUUUUUGAAGUAGAAGAGGUACUCCCAGUGAUGACAAAUAAUUACGAAGAAUGUAUAAAGGAAGGAGCAAAGAAUGAGUCAUACUCUGAGGAAAGUUCAAAGGAAUUGAUAGAAAAAGAUAUAGUGCAAUUCCAUGCACCCAGGUGGCAACCAUUGAGGAGGGAUUUGAUUGGUUGUACAACAGAUGUUGAUUAUUUUCUCUGGCCACGGAACGAUAUUGAUAGGAUUGAAUGUAGCCUAUUCUCAAAAUGGAAAGAGGAGCAAGGCCCAUUCAAGAAAAUAGAGAUGGAGUUUGAGUUUCUACAGAGAGAUAUUGAGAAGCAAGCUGUGUUUUUGUUGACGAGGAAAGAAGAUACUGGACUUAUCAUUAGUAACCCUGACCAGAACAUGUUUCUGUUCAUUGACCGACUUAAUCUACAGACCCAGAAGAACAUGGUAACAAUAUUGAAGUUAGCCAGUGUAUGUGUAUACCUACCACAAGAUCAACUUAUGUACUGGGGAGCUGAAACCAUUGAACAUACUCUAAACUCACUGAUGAAUACACAUAGCAGUCAGAAUUAAGACAAUUUGUUUUGUUUUUGAAGGUCGUGGGAAUGUUUCUGAAGAACUUUUAUCUAAAACAUUAUGUAAUGGACUUUGUAAGCUUUUAUUUUUGGAUAUUUCACCAUAAUCCUGCUGAGUUUCUUAAAUGGACUUGUCCAGCUUACAUUUUUGGAACUGUCCAUUAUCAAUUUUAGGUACAUCAAGAUGAAUAUAUGAAGUUGGUCAGCCAACAGUGUAGAGCCUGGUCAGACUGCACUGAUAUGCAGGCUGGCCUGGCUCUAUACUGGUGGCACAGUCUUAUUACUUUUGGUUCAAGCAGGUUAUAGGUUAAUAGAUUUCAGUAUCAAAAUGUUAUAUAACUUACAGAGUCUGGUCAGACUUAAACAAACAUACAUGUUUACAUUGCUGGAUACUUGUAGCAUUGGCAACGGAAUUGUUUGAAUUCUAGAAAUAAUAACAUCAGUGGUGAUUUGUUUUAUGGCUUGACUAAGAAUAGGGAUAGAUAUUGCACUCACCCCGGAGCUGGUGCUAGUGUCACAUUUUGGUUAUAUUUUUUGUGUGCAAGUUGGUAUUUCUAAAACUACUGAAGGAAAUAGGUUAAAACUUCACUAACUUAUAUGAGAGCAUAAUACUUGACCACUGUCAAAGGCCCAUAACUCUAACAUGGAUUUUGAUGGAAUUAUGGCCCUUUUGGAACCUCCUGAAAUUUUUCAUUAUUAAGGCUCUUAUUUAACUAUCAAGCACUAAGAAUAGUCGAGCAGGCUGUCAAACUGACAGAUCUUGUUUUUUUUGUGAUUUGACUGCAAAUAUGAUAAGAUUUCAAGUUUGAUUAUAGAAAAUAUAUUAUGUUUUCUUUAAAGGAUUGGUUAUCGCAUUAUAUUUAUUUUGAUUUGGCUCGCAUAAGUUUAGUUUCAGUGUAAAUAAUAAAAUGAGAAUAUGAUUUUCAUGUACAGAAAUUUGUAAGAUUAAUACACUUUUUUUCAUGCAUUAGUAUUUGCUGAGGAAACUCAACAUCAAAUACUGUCUGAGGAAGGCUACUGAUCAAAAUGCUUGAUAAACAGUGUAUGGGUCUUCUUUGUGUAUACAUGUAGUUUACCAUAUGAGCCGCGUCAUGACAAAACCAACAUAAUGCGUAUGUGACCAGCAUGGAUCCAACCAGCCAGCGCAUCCGCGCAGUCUGAUCAGGAUCCAUGCUGUUCGCUUACCAUUUCUAUUACAAGUAGAGAAACUGAUAGCGAACAGCAUGGAUCCUGAUCAGACUGCGUGGAUGCGCAGGCUGGUCUGGAUCCAUGCUGGUCGCAAACGCAUAACGUUUGUUUUGUCAUGACACGGCUCAUAUUUUUAUUUUCAAAAUAUUUGUCUUAUUAUUAAGUUUUGUGAUUGUCAAAAUUAUCACAUAUGCUUAUUACUAUAUUGACAUUUUGUUUUCAAUCAAUGUUGUUUACACUCAAAAUAUUUACAGAGUAGAGCUAAAAUAUAUAAUUUAAGUUAUUUAAUUAAAUUAAACAUAAAUUAUGAUUUGAUUCAUAAAUGAAUAUGUGAGAUAAAAACUAUUUUAAGUUUAUAAAAUCAUGAUUUUGUCAAAGACCUCAUCUUUCCUGCUGACUAUGAUUGAAAAGUGCUGAAAAAAAAAUAUUGGUUUUUAAUCACAUUUUAAAAAUGUAAUAUGACCGUGAAAACUUAAAUAGAAAAUUUUAAUAUUGAUUUAGAAUAAAUUUUUUGAUUUUUUUAAUCUAUUUGGUCACAAGAGAGACAGUAUACCUAGACUUAUAGGCUUCAUUGUUUAAUUAGGAGAUGAACUAUUUAAAAAGUUUAGUAAUGAAAAAUAAAUUUGCCUAAUUAGAUAAAUUUAUACAUGUAUCAUUAACAUCAAUAGGUCUGCAUAUAUUAUUUUUGUCCCAUUUUGUGUUUCUGACUCGACUGUAAGCUAAAGAUACUUAAAUGCAAAAUACCCCAUGUAUUGAAAUAUAUUUUAUAUAUGACCUUGACAUCUAAAUGACAUUGACCUUUAAGGUCAAAGUUUACAGAUUCAGAAAAUUUCACAAUUAAGUUUGAUGAUUAAGAAAGAUUGAAGACAAUGACUGUCA